GACGUGGACACUGCACGGACUUGGAGACAGAACCAAUGGAGAUCAGCCUCUCAUGACAACAACAACAACAACAACAACAACUUGACUCUUCCUGAAUUCUACAGCACCACGUUCUACCCUACACUCCUUCAAUAGGGACUGGAGAGACAGAUCACCCAGACUUACAGUUGAAGUAUCAUCCCAGACUGUAUAAACAACUGACUUCCCUUAACAUAGACACUGUUAUCUCCUCUAAAAACAACCCAAAUAAACCAACUGACAGCUGGAAUUGCAGAGGGAUCAGACUGAGAACUGCCUGGGCCUCAGCUCAGUACAGGAUAUAAAGGACUAAAACGUGACUCCCAGCAUUGACUCCUGGAUGGAUGGAUGAGAAUAAGAAAAGAGAAAGAAAGAAAAGAUAUAGCUGACGUAUCGGCCAGUGGCGUCUCUGAAACUCGUAGCUGCUCUUUGGAGUGACCUUUUCUAGAGGGAAAUGUUGUUUCUCACUCCGUCCGAACCAAAGGACAGGAAGCUUUGAAACACACGGCCCCCCUGGUCCCCCCCCCCCUCUUUGGCAUUGUUGAGUCUAAAGUGCUGCUCGCUUUCUCCGCAAGAAAAAUAAUCUGUCAGGGAGAGAUUGCAAUACAGUCAACAGGCAUGUUUGGGUGGUUGGACUAAGAAAGGAAAGAGAGAAUGAUUGGAAGAAAGGGGGAGGAAGAGAAAAUAAUCGUCUGGGUUUUGGAGAAAAAUAAAGAUUUAGAGGGAGGCAAGACAGACGCAAACAGAAACAGAACAGUUUGAUGGUUUCUCAGCCUUUCUCCUUUAGCUGGAGAUUUGAAGUAGAGCACAUCGUUAUUGGGAACUGAUCCAGCGUGCUGUGUGUCUGUGGAGCUCCCAGCCCGCUUUAGUCUCCUGGGAUAUCCCUGAUACUGUUUCUGGUCCUGUUCUCCCAUCCGUCACCCUCUCUCCUUGCUAGCUAGCUAGCUACAGGACUACGGGACUAAAGGAAAACCUUAAGGAGGAAUACUGAAGGAAGUCUGGGGGAAGAGGUGUCCAGCAGCAGGAGAAGCAACAUGGAUAGCUAAGAUUCUCUUUAUCCCCACUGGUGAUUCACUUUUUUUGCUCCACUCGCUCCAAAAGAGGAGUGUCUGAACUUACUCUGAACGCUCCACAAACGGUGAUCCUCAAGCUGACACACAGACCAAACCAGGGGGGGGCCGCAGACGGUCUGGGUAGAAGAAGAGACAGAAACUGUGGAGCAAACCAGAGGAGAACAAGAGAGGCUCCAGAACUCCUCCAGCAGAGCAACAAAGAGAUGGAGACGGAGAGGGGUCAUAUGUCCGUGAGGAGAGGGGUAAGCUGGAGCCCAGGUGGAGGGAGGAAGCCCCUUCAGAGGGUGCAUGGCGGGAACACGGACACCGGCAAAAGAGAGAGUGACGCAUCUUCAGAAAGGCGGGACUACAAAGCGAUCAAAGGACAGGCGACAUCAACCUCCACCAAUCAGCUGACUCGGAAAACCAACCUGACGCGUAGUGCCAGCCUAUCAGAGAAGGAGUUGAAGGAGGCAAGGGUGAGGUCACAGAUCAUCGCGGCCCAGCUGACCGUCCCGUCUGGCUGCUCCAACUCCCGAGUCCAGCUCUUCAACCGCCGCAAGCAGAGGGUCGACGCCUUCACGCUAGAGAGCUCUCCCCCUGAGAGCUGGCAUAAUGGCUUCCACAGCACCCAGGGCUCUGCUGGAGAGAUCCAAAAUGGCGGGCGAGCUUCUAUGUCCCUGUCCAGACAGACCCCCACCAUCGUCAACAGGACAGCCAGACCCUUCUUCUCCCCACCCACCAUACAGCUUAAGUCCCCAGAGGCCAGGAAUCCUUACAACCCUGCUCCUACAGCUGCCCCGGUGUCCCAGUAUCUACCCCCCAACCCUCUUGUCACCCAAUUCAUCCCAUCUCCAACCUCACCCAGAGCCAACACCUUUGUCCCCUUCACCCCUCAGCCUAUUGGUCAACAGAACCAGCAGCAGCCAAUCAAAACGGGCAUUCUGGAGAAAGGGGCGGCGGCCAUCAGACGAUCAUCAACAGCCAGGAAGUCCAUGUUCACCUUUAAGGAGAAGUCUGUCAUGGCACCCAACCCUGAACUCCUCUCUCUGGUACAGGGGAACGAUGAUAGGAAGAAGCACGGCCUCCGCUCCGUUCCCGACUCAGCCCCAGAGGAGGAGGUGUUGGUUCUGGGGGCCGAGGCCUCUAACUUCUUAGCCAAGGAGGAGGUGAAGGCGGAGGCUGCCAACGUGCCGGAGUGGUCCUCCUGUCUCAAGAGCUCCAGAACCAGGGAACCCAGGGGGCAGCACCAGCCAGAGCAGACCCUGACCAACGCAUCAGGGAAGGGGGCCGAGCUGUUCGCUAAGCGCCAGUCCAGGAUGGAGAAAUACGUAGUGGAGAAACAGAAUGUCUCCGGUGGUGGAGGUGGCCAGAUGAGGUCUCCAUCUCCCACCGCGUCUCUGCCGCCAUCUUGGAUCUAUCCAUCUAAUAUGCCUGGCCGGGUCAAAGCUAUCGCUAACAACACUGACCUCAGCGCCAGGCUGACACGGACCCUCCAGACCCCUCAGCCUGGGAACAGGAGGCCCAGCCAGCAGGCUUCAACCCCAGCCCCGGUCCCUGCAGAACCAACCCUGGAGUACGGCUGCACCAAGAUAGAGAUGGACCUCUCCAGGCACCAGCCCUACCAACUCAACUCCUCCCUGUUCAUCUUCAACCCAGUCCAGAACUCUACCAGCACCGUGCUGAGCGCUCUGCCCCGAGUGCCCCCUCCACCACCCAAACCCCUGAUCUCAUCUGAGGCCUACACCAGGCAGGUCUCACUGCCCUCCUCCAACCCUCAGUCACACAACUACAACAGCCUGCCCCGAUUCAGGCCUACCAUGUCCCCGUCACUUCAGCCCCCAUCAGGAGGAAUUAGAGGUGGGGAUAAUUAUCCUCCACAACACGGGGGGACUCCACAGCUGAGGGACCCCAGGAUCACCUCUCCUGUCUCUGCCUUCUCUCCGGAGAGAGUGGCCUCUCCUCGGCCGAGCAUCCAGGCACCCAGACCCACCUUCUCUGCCAAGAGGGCAGGGAUCGAACCCCAGGUGUGGAGGCCUUCUUUCUUCUUCUACUUAUAUAUUUACUCUGUUUCUCCUCGGUUUCUACUCUGCUUCUACUCGGAUCAGCCCAGGGAACAGCAGACCUACCACGCUCUUCAGGAGCCUAGGGAACAGCAGACCUACCACGCUCUUCAGGAGCCCAGGGAACAGCAGACCUACCACGCUCUUCAGGAGUCUAGGGAACAGCAGACCUACCACGCUCUUCAGGAGUCUAGGGAACAGCAGACCUACCACGCUCUUCAGGAGCCCAGGGAACAGCAGACCUACCACGCUCUUCAGGAGUCUAGGGAACAGCAGACCUACCACGCUCUUCAGGAGUCUAGGGAACAGCAGACCUACCACGCUCUUCAGGA